UGCGAGAUAAUAUACAAAAUAUCUCCUGUUCAAGCCUUGCGCAGUAUGAUGUUUCGGCUUUGACUAGUCGAGAACCCACAUGCUCAGUGUUUGUGGGUGCAAAAGUUGAGAGGUGCAACUGUCAGCAGUGCUAUAGAUGGUUGUUCAUGCAGGGCAGACUUUUGUUUUUCAAGUUGUGUUAGAAGAAGCUACAACGGCCUGGCCAUGGUGAGCGAGGUGAAAAGCUGGUCGUUUUGGAGGGCUGUCUUUGCAGAGUUCGUCGGAAUGCUCCUCUUUAUAUUCAUUGGCAUUGCAUCUGCCAUUGGAAACAAGAACAAUAGCGAUCCUGACCAGGAGGUCAAGGUGGCGCUGGCGUUUGGUUUGGCCAUUGCCACACUCGCCCAAAGCCUAGGGCACGUUAGCGGGGCACACCUCAAUCCGGCCAUCACCCUGGGCCUGCUGGUCAGCUGCCAGAUCAGUUUGCUGCGGGCACUGCUGUACAUUACUGCUCAGUUGGUGGGGGCUGUCUUAGCCAGUGCCAUCAUGUACGGACUUCGACCUGAUUACAGUAGUUCUUUAGGAGUCAACGCGUUAGCACCUGGGAUAAGUCCAGCCCAAGGGUUCGGACUUGAGCUUCUAGGCACCUUCCAGCUGGUCCUGUGUGUGUUGGCCACCACCGAUAAAAGGCGCACUGAUGUGAAUGGCUCAGCUCCCCUUGCAAUAGGUCUCUCUGUGGGUCUGGGUCAUUUUGCCCUUAUCAGCUACACUGGGUGUGGUAUCAAUCCUGCCCGUUCCUUUGGGCCUGCAGUCGUUGUGGAGUCAUUUGAAAACCACUGGGUGUACUGGAUAGGCCCUAUAUGCGGAGGGGUUACAGCAGCUCUGGUCUAUGACUUCCUGAUAUACCCUAAACGAGAGGACUUAUCCACACGGAUGACUGUACUGACCAACGGAGAGGACGCUGAGUCCACUCAGCAGUUCGCCGUAUUAGAGGGAACAGAGAUUGCUGGUCAGUGGCCUAGCAGGCAAUGACGAAAUUGCUCCAUUGUCUCCAUGUGUGGAUAAAGCCAUAUGCUGUCGUGUCAGUCUUAAAAUUAAGAUGAUGGCAGUCUUCACUUAUGUUGUAAUGUUCAAAACUGUAGUAAAUCAUCCCCCCUUUUAA